CAACAUCAAAGCUCGUGUGCUUUCAUCAUCCGCAUUGCUAGGAACUUGCAAAAGCUGGAGUAAAAGGCUGGUCAUAUCCUCCAACUCGUCUUCAGCUACAGCAGCUAUAUCACAAUCAACUUAUCAGUGGUAUCACCGCGGUACCAGUGAGAUACACACGCUCCAAAGCCUAGAGUAUCAGCAGCCCGAGUCUGUAACCUUGGCUACUUCAUAAAUACCACACCACCCAAGAUGGUCGAAAUAAAUCAGACGCUUCGAUGGAAGCACUUGUAUAAUGUCUUGUCGAGACCUGGUCCAUUCAGUGAUGAGGAUUGGGUUCCCGGACCAGAGACGAUAAGCGCUUUGGAAUCCUCAAAGAUCUUAGUCAUAGGUGCUGGAGGUUUGGGGUGUGAGAUCCUGAAAAACCUGGCCUUAUCAGGCUUUAAAGACAUUCACGUCAUUGACAUGGAUACGAUUGAUAUCUCGAACCUCAACCGACAGUUCUUAUUUCGUCAAUCUGAUAUAGGCAAACCCAAAGCCGAGGUUGCGGCUGCCUUCGUGGAAAAACGUGUCAAAGGCGUCAAGAUCACCCCAUAUGUCGGCAAGAUCCAAGACAAGGAUGAAGAUUACUACAUGCAGUUCAAAAUCGUUGUCUGCGGCCUCGACAGUAUCGAAGCCAGACGGUGGAUCAACUCGACGCUGGUCAGCAUGGUCGAUUUCGAAAACCCAGAGAGCCUUAAGCCGCUCAUCGAUGGUGGGACUGAAGGAUUCAAGGGCCAAGCGCGCGUGAUUUUGCCGACGCUCUCAUCCUGCAUCGAGUGCCAGCUGGACAUGCAUGCGCCCCGACCUGCUGUGCCUCUUUGUACCAUUGCCACGAUUCCACGCCAGCCACAGCACUGCAUCGAAUGGGCCCAUCAGAUUGCCUGGCAGGAACAACGCAAAGACGACACCUUCGACAGCGACGACCUGGAGCACAUUGGCUGGAUCUACAAUGCGGCUCUGGAGCGGUCCAAACAGUUCCAGAUCCCCGGAGUUACCUUCCAGAUGACCCAGGGCGUGGUGAAGAACAUCAUCCCGGCUAUUGCCUCCACCAACGCUGUCAUCGCCGCGGCGACCACAUCUGAGGCGUUGAAGAUCGCCACAGCCUGUAACCCGUACCUCGAGAAUUACAUGAUGUACGCCGGCGAGGAGGGCGUCUACACCUAUACGUUCGAGGCGGAGAAGAAACCCGAUUGUCCCGUCUGUGGCAAUCUCGCUCGCAAGAUGACCGUGGAUCCGAACAUGACAUUGGAGGCUUUUAUUGAAACGCUGGGGGAGCGGCCGGAGGCGCAACUCAAGAAGCCCAGCAUGCGUACAGAGGAGAAGACUCUCUAUCAGCGAUUCCCUCCCCAAUUAGAGGAGCAAACCCGACCCAAUCUGAAGCUUAAGCUUCGUGAUUUGAUCGAGGAUGGCCAGGAGAUCGCAGUCAGCGAUCCGGCUUACACUAUCGACUUCCGAUACAGGCUGGAUUUCAGCUAAGAUCCAAGCACGGUAGGCUACUGAUAUACGAAUUCAUUAUGCGAGAUCCCGAUGACAAUCCCUAGCCAAGAAAUACG